GUCCGGAUACAGUCUUUCUCUUAUCAAUUAUGAUUUAUUAAAUCAUGUCCCGGUCUUCCAAAUACCAACAAACCAUAAGACCGUCUUCCCUCCCUUUCCACCGGCUGCCAUGACGAGAGGAAGGGAGAGUCCAAAAUCUUCGGUCAAAACGAGUGUGAAGAGAGGCCAAAGCUGCUGUUUUUUAAGCGAAACACCAGGGCAGAAGAAGAGAGGCAGCUCCCCAAAAAGGAAGAAGAGUCUCCCCGCCCGCCCCCUCUCACACGAUAUAAAAAUAUACGGGAAUUUAAGAAAACCCAAGCAUCGAUCUCGGUCUCCUCCAUUCCCUUCCCUCUCACUCUCUUCCACCAGUGAAGCAGGCAUGUUUCGCAAGAAGCAUAUCAGUCAUGAUAUUCAGGAGGAUGGUACUAUACACCAAGAAGCAAAGAUCAAUGAGCUCAGAGCUGCAAUUGGACCCUUGUCUGGACGUAGCUUGCAGUACUGCACUGAUGCAUGCUUGAGGAGAUAUUUGGAAGCUAGGAACUGGAAUGUUGAUAAGUCAAAAACAAUGUUGGAAGAGAUGCUCAAUUGGCGAUCAACUUACAAGCCAGAAGAGAUCCGCUGGCAUGAAGUUGCUAUUGAAGGUGAAACUGGUAAAUUGUACAUAGCAAAUUUUCAUGAUCGAGAAGAAAGAACUGUUAUUGUGAUGACACCAGCAAAACAGAACACAUCAUCACAUGACAAUCAAAUUCGGUUUCUGGUGUAUAUCUUUGAGAAUGCGAUUCUCAAUAUGCCUGAGGGUCAAGAGCAAAUGGUGUGUUUGAUGGACUUCACUGGGUGGUCAUUAAGCAAUGCAGUCCCCAUAAAGACUGCUCGAGAAACCACAAAGAUUUUGCAAAACCAUUAUCCUGAGAGACUUGCUGCUGCAUUUUUAUACAAUCCUCCCAGAAUCUUUGAAACCUUUUGGAAGAUUGUCAAAUAUUUCAUAGACCCAAAAACCUUCGAAAAGGUACAUUUUGUUUACCCAAAGAAUGCAGAAAGCAUAGAGCUCAUGAGCAAGUACUUUGAUGUUGAGAAACUUCCCCUUGAGUUUGGAGGAAAGAACAAAAUACAAUACAACCAUGAGGAGUUCUCCAAAUUGAUGUUAAAGUAUGAUAUCAGAUCAGCAAGCAUUUGGGAUUUGAAUGAAAAAACAGCCCCGGCCAACCAUGCAACCAAUGGGCACUCAACUUCCGAGGGUGCACAGGAGCCAUCACGGAUUGCUGCACAAGCAAGUUGAGCAAAAGCGCCACUAAAACUUCCAUGCAGCAUGUAGCUGCUUAAUAACAAAAUGGGUACUCUUGCUCAUUACCUUAACAGCAUGACAGGAUUCUUUGAGUACCCUACUUAUUGUGUGGAUCUAUUUCUUUCUGUUUCACUGGAAAUCAUUCUAAACGAUGCUCUCUUUGCUUGAAGAAUUUAUACAAUGCAGACAAACAACGUUUCUGAAGAAUAUAUUAUCAUGCAGAGAAACAUCCAUCUCAUUCUGCUGAGUCAGGAAAUUAGUCUCUUCGCUUGUGUUUCGCUGUACAUGGUGUUUGUCUCUUCACUUUUGUUUUGCAGUACAUUGCAUUCAUUGGAGAAUCCAUGUGAAAGAAAAUCUAUGCCCCAUGAAUUAUUAUAGUAGGUGGAUACUCUUUCAUGUUG